AUGUUUAGAAUAGCUAAGAAUCUCGUCCGGACUUUUGAGCAGAGUGUCCAAGACACUCUGGCGCUCUCGCAAGAUUCGGGGAACCUGGACGCCUUCUUUCAGUCCAUACCACCAAACUUGUUGUCUAGUCAGCUAGCAUCACCCGCUGAAGUUAUAUCUGAAGGUGCUAAGCAUACGAACGUGAAUGAGACCCUUUCCGGUCUUCGGGUUGUUUGGGUAGACGAAAUGCAGUUGCAGCUGCAGUCCUUCUUCGACUAUAUAGUAGGUUUUAAUGAUGAUCCGGUGCCCGUGGUGAGUAACCAACACGGGUUUUCGUAUCCAGAUUACGGGCGUAUCACAUGCAUCUUCAACGAGCAUUGUGGCCGGACCCUGAAGGUUAACAUAUGGUCUGCCAAAGGUGGUACGUUCAGAGACGAGUAUAUCAGUGUAGCGUUGAAGGAUAGCGACGAUUUGGAAGAUGUUUCUUUAAACCACGACGAAAGGAGGUUAUCCGGUGGAGAAGCACGCCAGUUCCAGGCACUCGGAUUCAAGAUACAGUGGACUCCUUUGAUAGCUUCCACUUUUACCUACCAUAUCUUAAACGUGAACAUCCCAGGCGGGCCCGCCCAAUCGGCUGGACUCAUUCCAGAUGAGGACUAUAUCAUCGGUUGUCAAGAUGGCCUGUUGGCCACUGGAGGAGAGACGCUUUUGCAAGAUAUUGUUAGGUCAAGAGCAAACUACGAUCUGGUCCUUUACGUUUACAACAAAGUGUCCGACUGUGUGCGGCCUAUCACCGUACAUAUAGGCCCCGAUGGUAGGCUGGGUUGCAACGUUGGCUACGGGUUCCUUCACAGGAUCCCCACAGUCAAACAACGUCCACAACAAGCGCAGCAGCAACAGCAGCGUGAUGACCUGGUUCCUUUCUCAGCAGAGUCUGAAACAGCUUUUGUCCCAUCAGCAUUUACUACAGCCCCACCGGUGCUAAGCAAGAAGAAAUCAAAAAAUAAAAAAGCCACUCAGCCAUUGGCAAUGGAUGAAUAUUUCAAUGAAGGAAGAGACAAGUCGCCAGUUGCUGCAAAACCAGUAGAAACUGAUCUCCCUGCCCCACCACCACAAAGGCAACCGCCCUCUAAUUAA